UGUAAUUUCAUUGCUGCUGACUUAAUGAGACGAAAAAGAAUGGCAAAUAAUGAGGGAAAGUUAGGAGAGGUGUAAUCAACGCCACGCAGCGGACCAAUGCGUAAUUGAAUCGAAUAUUCAUACUCUCUUCCUUCCCUUUCUUCUACCUCCAAUUCAUAUCUUGCUCUGCAAAUCCUCAGUUUUAAAAAUUUUUCUGAGAUUCAAAGGCAAACACAAAUCAUAAUUCGGAAGGCAGAGAAAGGAGAAGGGAAACCAUGAUAACGCGAUCGAAUUUAGCAGAGCAAUUGAGAGAGUAUCAGCUUCGAUCUAAGCACGAUUGGGCUUCCGUUUCGUUUUUCUCAUCCACGUCUAAUCUAUCAUCUUACAGGGUGGAUGUUAUGUUCUUUGUGAUAUGGGAACUUGUCAUUUUAGCUUUCCUGGUUUUUUCAGCUGUUUCUUUGUAUUUUGGGCAUAUGCAGCUUGCCUUUAUCCUAGUAUGCAUCACAAUGCUAUUGCUUCUCUGCAUGAAAAUCACAAAGCAAGUAAAGUUGGCAAGGAAAAAGAAAAGAAGGAUGCUUCUUCCAUUAUCUAUUUAGAGCUACUUGAAGCUUGGAUUAGUUUAAAAGGAACCAAAUUUUGUGGUGCAAAUUUGAGAUUUAUUGAUCAUUGCAUUAGGACCACACAUGCACUGGUCUAUUUUAAAUAUUUUAUUGUGGCUGAAGCUAGCUGAAGAAGGAAUAUGAAUAGGAUCACCUCGAAACAUGGUUUACCACGGUGAACCUGAUGAUUGGAAAUUGAAAGUUGGGAUGUUCUACUUCUACACACAGCAGUUAGUUUGAAGGUAUGUUUCCUUCUGACUACCUUUAUGCUAUUAAUGCAAGGGUCUGAAAAAUUAUAUUGUAAUUUUAAUCCAAGUGGGAAUAUAUUGAACAAUAUUUGCUUCAUUUAGUAGUUCUUUUGUCAUUUAGUUAAAGACAUCAGAGGAUAGAGAUGGAUGGCUUGAGUGAUUGAAACAUAUUUUUCUUCUAUUAUGUACCCAUACACUAGUUGAUUUGCAACAGAUCAAAUACCAUACAGGAUUUCAAGUUUUCCCUGUUGAUGGAA